AUGUGGAAAGUAAUAGGCAUGUUGUCGAUAUGCGGCAUAUACACAUCGCUCGUUAGCCUCUGUCUUUCAUUGUCUUGGUCAUGGCACGCACCCAUGGGUGCCACAACUCUGUACGUGGUGUUGCUCCUCAUCUCGCUUAAAACUCGCAUCUACAAGGAAGAGGAGCCUCCUCUGCCCGCUACACGUGCGACCUACUCUGCGAUUCUUGUAUUAGCCAUGUUUUAUUUCCCCUACUAUUACUCCACCGUCCAUGUCUUGGCUUACGUAUGCUCCUUGUUUGCAUUGGGGAUCGCCAUCUUCCAGCUCAACUCUCCCAUGGACACUGGACACUCCCUCUUCACCUUCUUCUGCGGUUUACUCUCUGCUCUCGUCGGCUUUCUCUUGGGCGGUUUCCAUGCUUCUCAACGUUCCUUUUCAUGGCUUGUUAUCGUUGCUUACAUUUCUAAAAAUUUCAUGUUCAACAUCAACGGCAUUUUUCCUUAA